AUGCCGUCUUCCGCUUCCGUGCGCACUUCGCGGACGUUACCAGGACGUAAAGCCCACGAGAACCGCUCUCACGCGCCAUUCCUGGCCCCCGACGAUCCCGCCGCACUCCCUGGACCUCGGACUGCGUUCCAAACCUUAACGGCUAUUUUCUGCCGCAGUCGCGUACGCGUCCCGCAGGCCCGGUGCGUGCGCGUACGGCGCACCCUGUGUGGAGCGCAGGGUAUGCUCGGCCAGUGUGCGUCAGAGCGCGCUUCCCUGCUGCUUCGGCUUGCUGCUGCUUCCCACCAUUCUCAUAUGCGAGCGUACGCGGAUGCGGAAGCACGCCCGCCCGGUCUGCGCACCAUACGCGUCGGCGCGCAUCAGGGUCGACGAUCCGCUCUGAGUAAGCGUCUUGACGAGAGCAGUCGCUCAAUUGGGAGUUCUGCAUUGUGGAGCGAGGAGCCGAUCCGACGCCUGGCGAUCACUGAUGGAAACACGGUGCGGUGGUCACCACUUGUGGGAGGGAUAGUCGCAGCGUUGUCUGAAGACGGUUAA